AUGCUGAGAUACACAGCAGGCCAGCAAUUGGAUAACACGACCAUGUUUGACGAUAGGCACUUCUUUCCACAAAACUGGCGAUGUGAAUUCAAUUCACAUCUGCGCGACUAUCACAUGCUAAGAUACAACACUGAUGAUCCAAGUUCGUUUAUAAAAGAUAUGGUUACAAUAUUCAAGAAGCAAAAUGUGACUGACACUGCUAUCGAGCAUAUUGAAACUUCCCUUGCUUUUAAUCGCACUGAACAUAGUACUAGAGGAACAGCGGAGCAGCAAAAAGUGCGGAAAGCUAUUCUCACUAGUGAAUAUCACCUUGAUCUCCUUAUCAAGAUGUUUUAUUAUGACUUUGUUUUGUUUGGCUUUCCUAUUCCUGAAGUUCAAAUGACUGAGGAUAACUAA